UAUAAUGCAACGUGACGGAUUUUAUGGUUAUCGAAAUAAAUUAAUAGUUAUAAUUAGAUGAAAUUAAUAAGAACUGGGAGGUAAUUGCACCUGAGUUAGAUUAGACUGUUUAUUGUGAGUGAUAUUGAUGAGUACUUUUUUUGUUGGUGAUAAACUGAUAAGAAGAGUUUGUUAGUGUUUUAUAUAAACCAAAUGGGGAUUUACCACAGGCCGAAGAGUACCAAUAUUCAUCAAGCACCAUGAGGAGAGGAUCGACAGUUAGACAAACUUCUGAGCCACUCAUUGUAGUGGAAGAGUCCGAAUCAACGGAGGAAGACGAACAUAAAAGACUUAGUUCCUCUACUGACCUGUUUCGUCAAUAUGACCCAAAUAAUCUUACAGAAGAUUCGCCAACAAACCCUUAUCUGCUGUCGCCGUGGAGAGAGCCGCGAAAGCACUCCUUACCAACCCCUCAAUGUAGCGGAAUAACUGCCAGCCAAGUUCGUCGUUUAUCAGAAAGGGGUAGUGAAGAUGGUGCAGCGAAGAAGGCCAGAGAGCAGGCCUUUCUGGCCACUCUCCAAAGCAAUCCCGUGGCAUCCCCCGGAGGAAGAAGACACUCUGUGGUAACGAUAUCUAGAUUGCCUACAGGACUUUUUGGAAUGGGACCACAAAGGAGAGAGUCCGUCGCUGCUUUUCCUUCUUCCAGUGGAGCUAUGAACAGGGUCCUGCCCAACAGGAGGGAGUCCAUAGCAUGUCCGCCCUCCACAGAACCCAUUGGAAGUCUUCACAAGUUACAAUUAGACAUUAUGGAUGAUAUUGUAAAGGCCCGCAAGGUCAGAAUGAAAAUGUGGAACACGAGCAAAGAACGGGUGUGUGAGGUUCAACCCCUGGACGAAAAUAAGGGGGAAGUACAGAGAUACACCCACGCCGCUGGACGAAGAUUUUCGGAGUUUACCGGAACAACGUUGUCUCCCUUGCCGUCUGCUUCAUUCCGACGAGCUUCGGAGUUUGUACCAAACACAUCGUUAGCUGCUUCCAGUUUCCAAAAACCGGGCACAUCGUCCGGGAUCGUAUGUUCCAAUACCGAUCUGAUAUCCAUUUUGUCUUCUUUGACAUCGUCAGCCACAGAAAUCAAUCGAAUUGAAGAAUUAGAUGAAACAACUGCCUCGUCGACGCUGGAACAGAGAAGAAACAGACUGAAAACGAGCAGAUCGAACAGUUUUGACAUAUCGAUUUUGCAGGGAGUGUCUGACAAGAAAGAAAAGUCUGCAGACCCGACGCAAUCCCAAUUGGCCAAUUGGUUUGCAAAAAGACAUCAGCCCAUGUGCAACAAGAAACAACAGAAGAAGGAACCCGUUCCUUCGAAAAUCACAUUCAAAGAGGCUUUCCAGUUGAAGUCCUCGUCCCCCAAGUCUACGUCGGACAGGAACAAAGUGGUUUGGGAUGAGAAGAGUGGUUCUGUUGUGGAUGCUGAGGUGAUCGGUAAUGCCAUCGAGGUGUUUCUAAGAAAAUCUGGUCCCGAGGGAAGCCAAGAUGACAAGAACAGUAAAGGGGCCACGCCCAAAACAACAACAACAGCAGCAACAACAGCAAAAGUGACUGCAGCCAAAUCGAAAAGCACUUGGAUAUCGAAUAAGGACGAAGGAGAAUAUACCGAUUCCUGUGACUCUUCCUCGAUAUGCUCCACGUUAAAGGAUCUGUUUGUCAAGUAAUUGAUUGCACAACCCUGGUAAGUUAUUUCUUUUUGUUUUAUUUUUUGGGUAAUGUAUAGAAGGCAGCGGAUUAGAAAUUUUAAUCCAUAAACGUCCCACAUUAACAUAAUGUUUGAUUUUAUUGGUUUCGUUUAAUGUAUGAUGUGGAGACUCACAAGGAGAGUAUCUUUUAAAGUUCAACCCUUAAAAUGGGGUGGUUCAAAGCUGGUAUGAUGAAAAUUCUAUUAUACUGUUUCUUAGAAAAUAGGAGUGAGUUACCAUAUCAUAUCUAAUCAGUUAUUUUUACAUAUCGUUGGAAUAUUAAAGCUAACAGUUACAAGAUAGUAAUUUCAUAAAUUGUAACGUGUACGAUAAAAUUUAAUUACAUAUUUCUAUAUAUUUAUGCAUAAAAUUAAUUUGAAUCGA